AUGUGCAACACGUUUAAUUCCAGUUCAAUUUCAGCUGAUCAAGUGAUGUUUCUAGGACAAUCACUUGUACAAGUAGCCUCCCUAGUUAUCUUUUUGGCAACAACGCUUCCACCUAUUGAAAAAGACCCACUUGGUGUGUUUGAUAGACCAUUAGAAGAUUGGUAUGACUUCAUUGUAGUGGGAGCCGGAUCUGCAGGAGGCAUUGUUGCCACACGUUUGUCUGAAGGAUAUGAUAAAGUCCUUCUAUUAGAGGCUGGUGGGUCUCACAUAGAGAACGACCUGACAAAGAUACCAUUAUUAUGGAGUGCUCUAUCGAACAGCAAUCUAGACUGGAAAUACAAGACAAUAGAGCAGAAGCAUGCUCUCUUCGCAUUUAAAGAUGAGGUAACUAAUUGGCCCCGAGGAAAAUGUUUAGGUGGAACAGGAAGAAUAAAUGCAAUGGGUCUAAUCCGCGGAAAUCCCAAAGAUUUUGACACAUGGGCGAAAGAGGGCGCUGUCGGAUGGAGCUAUAAGGAUGUAUUACCUUACUUCAAAAAGAUGGAAAGUAUUGAUUUCAAUUUACCAAUGUAUAGUAAAGGAAAUAAACAAACGCAAUAUCAUACAAAAGGAGGAAAAGUUAGAAUCUCAUAUGGUUGCAAGAAAAAACCAGAUCUACGAGGACGGGAUGGACCAUUGACAAUAGUUGAGUCCAGAAUGACAACGUUGGAAUAUUUUCAUGAACAGGCCGCUCAGGAAUUAGGAUACAAUAGAAUAGACUGCAAUAGUGAAACUCAACUGGGUUUCUGUAGAAUUCAAGUUAAUGUUAAGAAAGGAGAGAGGUGUGACACAGCAUCCUGCUACUUAAGACCAGCUCUAGGGAGACCAAAUUUGCAAGUUCAUUUAAACAGCUAUGUGUCAAAGAUACUGUUCGACGGAAACGUUGCUCGAGGAGUAGAAUUUUCUAAAGAUGGCGUUUUGUACAAAGUAUAUGCAAGAAAGGAAAUCAUUCUGUCAGCAGGUGUUGUUCAUUCACCAAAAAUACUCUUAUCUUCCGGAAUAGGACCAAAACACCACCUGAAUGAUAUCAGGAUUCCAGUUGUUGCAGAUUUGCCUGUUGGUGAAAAUCUUCAAGACCAGAUGGCAAUGCACUUUCAGAUUGCAAUAAACAUGAGUUUGGCUACAACUUCUCAGAAGAUAGCAGACACAGAAAACAUUCUUCAAUAUUUAUUCUACAGAGAAGGUAUAUAUGCUCAAAUUGGGGUAGAUGGGAUGAUAUUUAUCAAUCUCGAUCAGAACAAUGACGCACCUCCUGAUAUACAGUUGAUAUUUCUCGGCUUGGCUUACGAGAAAGGUUUUCUUGACGGGUUUUCCUACAAAGAAGAAGUAAAAGAAGAGCUAGCUAAUAGAACAGAUCCUAAUAGUUUUGUGGUUAUUGUGAACUUGCUGAAUGCAAAAAGUAGAGGAAAAAUUACACUGUCAACAACAUGUCCGUCGUGCAAACCUGUUAUUGAUCCAAUGUAUCUUUCUGAUUCAGAUGAUGUUGAGAGAUUUGUCAAAGGAAUUCGAUUUUUGCAAAAACUUCAAGAAACUAAGUCAUGGAAGAGCAUUGGAGCCAAGUUGAUACGAUAUGACACACCUGGCCAUUGCAGUGAAGAAGAAUAUGAUAAGGACGAUUAUUGGCGAUGUAUGGUUCGCCAUUUUGCCAAUCAAGCCAACCAUCAAACAAGCUCCUGCAGAAUGGGAUCAUAUGGAGAUGUAACUGCUGUUGUAGACCCUCAACUCAGGGUUAAAGGUAUAAAGAGACUGAGAGUAGUAGAUGCAUCAGUAAUGAGAAAUAAUCCGUCGGGCAACACUAAUGCUCCGACUAUGAUGAUAGCCGAAAAGGCAGCUGAUUUAAUUAAACAUAGCUAUUAUUGA